AUUAUUAAUGUCAUAUACAACAACAAUACAUCACUUCUCUGAUAUUAAGCUUCAACAACAACAAAUUUGUUAUUGAGUUGAAGGCAAUUUGCGUUUUUGAUGUAUGACAGUACGAUUCGGAUCUGAUCGUUAGGCUAAGCGGUGGGUAUAUAUAACACAGAUUUUUUUUUUUACAGUGGUAUAACAAUAAAUAAUAGCUUGUAUUCUGUUUGGCUUGACAGUGUACCAGUUUAAUUAGAUGCGGCAGGAUUAAUAUGUAUUAAUAGGAAACCUGAUGCUAGAUUAAAUCAAGGGCCAGGAUCCAGCAGCAGGCACCGCAGCAGAGAUCGUCGCUGCUGAGGAUCCAGAUCGGUGAAACAUGGCAAUUGUGUAAAAAUUCCUCAUAUAUCUUAAUCUUAACAUGAAAACCUAACCCUAUAUCUUAACAUGAAAACUUAGCCGUCUUCUACCAUCGAUCAAUCAUGAAUAAUUUUAGUAUGUUACCUCCGGACAUCAUUCUUACUCACAUCCUUCCGCGCCUCGACGGCGAAACCCUAACGGCUUUAUCAGCAGUCUCCUCUGAAUUCUUUCACAUGAUCUGCAAAGACAACAACAGCAGACUAUGGGUGAACGUUUGCAUUUCCACGUGGCCUAGCUUGUUGUCGCAUACUUGGGUAGGUUUCCAUGGGAUGAUAAUUUCAGACUUCCCCGGUGGCUGCCGUUCCUUCUUCUCCGAUGCGUUCCCUUCCCUCCACCAUCGUAAUAAUCCUCCUCCACCUCCACCACCACCAAAAUUUCCAUCCGUUGCAGAUUUUGCGUAUGUAUUUGAUGUUUUUUUACAGGGAGAACGAGAACGAGAACGAGAACUUUUGUGUGCAAAUAUUGGAUCUCAAAGCAUAAAGAUAGGGACAUGUGGAGCCACGAGAUCCUUUCGUUUUGUUGACUCUUGUGACUUGUGGAAUAUUUUGAAUUUUAUUCCAGUGAAGAAAGAUGGGUGUGAGGAAUAUUUGAAAGAAAAAUUGAGGUUUAGUUGUGUGCUUAUAUCAUCUCUAUAUAGUGAAAUAUCAUCUAGGAGUACUAUAAAGCAUGCAGGGAGCUUGUUUCGUCCGUGUUGUAAACCUGUUUCAGUUACAACUAACAAUGGAUCGGUUGUGGCGGUGUACGAGACGCUGUUGCCGAUGGCGGGGGUUUGGGAGUAUUUUACGGAGAUGGUAAAGUGUGAGGUGAAGGUGAAGUGUGAGUGGAAAAAUGAAGAAGAAGAUAAGUUCUAUGUGAGGCGUAUUAAGAUUAGAAUGGAGGACAUGGAUGGGAUUGUUGUGAAUGAGAAUCAAGCUGCCAUUAUUCUUAUGAAUGCUAUUGAAAAUGGGGAGAGGAGAGGAAGAGGAAGAGGAAAUGAAUUUCACCUUGGCUGCACGCAUGUUUAUGGGCCUUCACUGUGUGUUGCUGCUAAUAAAAGAAAAGUUGAAACUUCUAAAAGGGACCCUCAAGCAAUGUUGAUUACAAAAUUGAGAAGACUGUGGAAGAUUUAGAGGUAGGUGGAAUCGGAUCUUAGCCAUCCAAUCUAUGAUCAGCGGCUGAAAUUGUUUUGCUUUGUAAAACAGUAUUUAAAUUUGAAUCGUCUAAUUUCAAAUUAAUGGUCAAGAUUU